UCCACAAAACCCUCUUUCCUUCAUUUUCAAAACCAGAAGAUUACUUUCACGUAUUUACUCAACAAGGUGGCGCACCAGAGGAGGUCCGGUGAGUUCAUCAGGUUUCCUCCUGUUGAAGAUGGCGGCUCCGAUCAACCACAACAAGAGGAGGAGGAAGAAGAAGGUGGUUUCCGACAAGGCAGACGACGGAAUAGGGAUGAUGAAGCAGAUAUGUUUUUUGGACCACAAAGUCAUCAAGCAACCGAGAUGUCUGCAAUGGUGUCUGCCUUGACAAAUGUUGUCUCUUCAGGCCAAAUAGUUCCUGCUGGUGCUUGGGGUUACCCUUCUGAUUUGGACGAUGCAUGGUUCGGACAUACACAAAGUGGCUCGGCUGCUGGUUCUGGUUCUGCCCCAUGGAAGACUGGUCGGAAAAGAAGGCGUGAAGAGGAGAUUAUGGCUCAGUUGGUUGAGCCUGAACCCGGGGCUCAAAGAGGCUCCCAUGCCGAUCCAUCAUCUGCUGCAAUUUCUGUUACUGAAGAAACUGUUGCUGCACCAGCAACGGCGGAAACUACCUGCGAUGCGACGACGUUUUCAAACGAAGAAACCGGCGAGCGGCGAAGAAGAUACCGAGGCGUAAGGCAAAGACCAUGGGGGAAAUGGGCGGCGGAGAUACGUGAUCCGAACAAAGCAGCACGAGUUUGGCUCGGAACAUUCGAAACGGCGGAAGCCGCCGCAAGAGCCUACGAUGAAGCGGCUUUGAGAUUCAGGGGAAACAGGGCAAAGUUAAAUUUCCCGGAAAAUGCCAGGGUUUUCCCUCAACCGCUGCAGAAUUUUCCGGCCAUCCAAACACCAAUUUCUACUUCCCUAACAACCCAUUUUCCGUCAUAUUACCAAUCCCCGAAUCCUCUUCAGAGCUCCACCGCCGAUAUGCUGAGAGAUUACUGGAACUACUCUCAGUUUCUACAGAGUUGUAAUGAUUUCAAUGGACAACCAGCCACGAGCUUGCUAAACCAAAUAAUCCAAUCAUCUCAGUUACCUAAUAUUCAACCGCCAUUGUUAUCUUCUUCUUUGUCACCACCACUACCUUUGCCGCCUUCAUCAUCUUCCUCUGUUUCUUUACCUCUGCUUUCUGCUGAGCAGCACCAAAUGGGCAUUUUCAGGCCGCCGUCUAGUCAAACUCAGGCUAGUGGAUCAGUUUUUCCGCCGCCGCCAUGGUUUCAUCCUACUAAUCAUUCUUCAUCCACCGGUUAAAAUAUUAAAGGGUUAAUUG